CUUUUAUUAACGUGAUCAAGCUAGAUUGCCACCAUGGUGAAUUUCGCUUGGAGCACGAUAUUUCUUGCCUGUUUUCUUGGACUGUGUUCAGGAGGACCAUCGAUUCUGGGCAACUUGCCAGCAUUUGGGCCGCAAGGUUUUCAUAGCUUUGAACAUGCACCGCCACAUGGAGGACAUGGAUACAGGGCGCCAAUAGGGCCGUAUGGACAGUCUAUGAGAUAUUUUCCCAACCAAAUGAGUUCAGAUACAUAUGGCAACUACCCGGAUUAUAGAGGCGAUCGACGUGAUUCCUACCAAGACCAGUACUCCGAUCGCAGGAGCGUUAACGGUGGCCGCUAUAGUGACGUAGUGGAUUCAUGGUACGAUCGCAGGGCGGAUAUGAUUCGCCGACGUGCUGACCAUAUAUCUGAUGCCAGGGAUCGCCGUCAGGACUUUUAUUCAAACCAAAGGGGUCGCAUGUUUGAUACGCUUGACAGACGCGCAGAUUAUUCGUCUGACCCGAGGGAUCACCGUCAGGACUUUUAUUCAAACCAAAGGAGUCACAUGUCUGAUACGCUUGGCAGACGUGCAGACUAUAUAUCUAAUGCCAGGGAUCGCCAUCAGAACGUGUAUUCCGACCUAAGAGAUCGCAGGUCGGACUUCUAUGGAAACCAAAGGGAAUAUUAUUCCAAUCCAAGGGACAUGAUCCAAGACAUUCAAAAAAAUCGACGUAACACAGCGAGCGAUUAUUAUUCAUCUUUCAAGCGACCAUACUAGACAUAUAUUUUGUAAUUGCAUUUGCCGAUGAAGUAGCAUUAUAUCGCCUUCAAGAAAAUAACUAAUGUUAUGUAGUUUACAAUUCAUCAUCUUAUGUUGAUGAACAUGCAUUUAAAGUCGCAUAAGUUUAAGAUUUAAGACUAAUAAAAUUAGUUAGUAGAAUCGUUAAUUCAAUAAACAAUAGAAAUUACAGGUUCAAAAUUCGAGGAAUAUCUAUUUUGAGGCACAAGGACUAAAUCCAAACAAACGCUGAACAGCAGACAAAAGUACAAUACAACAACAAUAAACAACUAUCAAAUUCACUUGUUUAUUUUUCACAUAGAGUAUGUAUCGGCGCACAGUUUUAAAUUCUGAAGGGCUCUAAUUAAUACCGCAAGUAUAUGACUCAAUGCAGAUACGAACUUCUAUGGUUUAAGUGACACUCCUAUUGAAAAUCAUGCACAUAUAUAACAAUCAUGAAAUUUGAUUGACAAACCUUUCACUACUUACUAUAUAAUGCAUUUAUGAUAACUAUUUAUAACUGAUAACAAGAUUGUAACCGUGUGUUUAAUAGUUUAUAACGCAAAUUUUUUGAAUGACUGGGGGUUCCUAAAAGAUUUACAGUGAUCAACUAUCCUCUACCAUGUUUUCUGCACCUUUCAUUCAAACUAAA